AUGUUGCGUAGGUGGAUUGCCGUGGCAGCUGUUGUUGCCGGCAUCUCUGGUGUGGUUUUAGUGGCACGUGUGUGGAGAUCACGUCAUGUCGCUUACGUUUAUGACGCUAGCUUUGUUUCCAAGUAUACUGCACUUCUGGGGAAGCAGACGGAGCUGCCCAGCGAGCAGUCUGAUGAAGACGCGAGGAUAUUGGUCUUUUACGGCACUACUUCUGGCAACGCCGAGGCCUAUGCCAAAGGCCUGGUGGCUGAUUUGAGGGAACGAGGCGUUGCCGUCGCACUUAUCGACCCCUCGUGUUGGGAUUACCUCGGUCAGUACAAAUCGCACCAAGACCACGGGCAACACCCUUUUAGAUUGGGCACGAGCGGUGAAUCGCCCAUUCUGGUGUUUGUUGUCUCCACCACAGGAGAGGGGGAGGUACCAGGAAACUUCCUUUGCCUUUAUUCCGAAAUGCAGUCUGUUUUGGAGGGGGCAUUGAAGAAUGGAACGAAGCCGUUUGAUGGCUUAAUGUACGCUGUGUUUUCUCUGGGGGAUAGUUCCUACAAGUACUAUUGUCGGGGAGGGCUGGAGGUGAAAACGCUUUUGAGAAGGGGCGGAGGAACAGAGGUGCUGCCGGCUGGAUUUGGGGAUGCACGCAAUCCGUUGCGGGACGAUGUCUUUGAGGAAUGGGAAGAAAAGCUGAUGGAGGCGUUUGAGAGGCGAUGCGGGGUGGUAUUCACGGCGGAUUCGAAUCUCCCGCCCAAACCACAGUUGGUAUUUCGGUUUGCGCCGGAGAAGCAUGUCGGCGCUUCGCCUUAUCCGCCUCCGCCCUCUCUUCUUGAACCGUCCAUGCAGUUUCCAGCCGAGUUUAGGGUGCAGGCCAAGACGCCACGUACUGAGCGGCGUGAAGAUGGUUCUUUCAUCCUGCAUUUAGUUUUGAACAUUGAGGGGUACACGAUGAGUUAUCAAGCUGGCGAUCAUCUGGCUAUUUAUCCCGCCAAUCCACCCAAUGUGGUGGAGGCGUAUCGAAGCCUAUUGAAGAUCACUGAAGAAGAAUGGUUAACGCCUGUAGAACUUUGCGCAUCCACGAAUGCACGCGCUCGGGCUUCAUUGAAAAAUUCACUUCCUGCCUGUGUUGCCUUGAGGACGGUGUUUGAGCGCUACUUGGACCUCUGUGGAAGGCCGCGUAAGUCCCUGCUGCGAGUUCUAUCCAAAUAUUGCUCCGACCCAGCCGAGAAGUCCCUGUUUACGGAGUUACUUCAUCGGGGCGUGAAGGAAAAUGGCAAGGAUGGAGAAAACACCAUGCCAACAUCAUUGCUGAUGCCUUCCCAAACUUAUUUUUCCUCUUCUCACUGCCAUACUUUGCUGGAUUAUCUAAAGAAAUUCCCCAGUUGCUGCUGCAUACCGGUUGGACACUUUGUGGAGAUGAUGCCACGGAUGCAGCCGCGAUUAUAUUCCAUUGCAUCGGACAUGAUGACACAUCCCACAACGGUGGAGGCAUUUAUCCGUAUCAUUCCUGAAGGCUUGGCCUCACAGUAUCUGGGGCGCAUUGCCGUUGGAGAAAAGGUUACGGCUUUUAUUCGUAAAUCAAAAUUUCAUCUUCCCGCGAAGUGCGGUGGGCGACCGAUAUUGAUGAUUGGUUCCGGCACCGGCGUUGCGCCCAUGGUAGGGUUCUGUUACCGGCGCGAGGCAUUAAUGAAGAGGCAUCCAGGUGCUGCGCAUGGAACCAUGAUACUUUUCUUUGGGGCGCAGAGGCGUGCGACGGAGUAUUUUGUUAGGAAAGAGAUGGAAUGCUGGUGCCUCCAUGAAGAGGGAAAAAUUCAGACCCCGGAUGCACUCCCAUCUUCCUUGCUUUGCCUUCUUGACUUGGCGUUUAGUCGCGAUCAAUCCGAGAAGUAUUACGUGACCCAUCUUAUUGAGAAGCACAAGGACCAUCUUGUGCAACUUCUCACCUCGACUGAAAAGGGCGGUUGCCUUCUUUACCUUUCAGGGGAUGCAUCCCGCAUGGCGCGAAGCGUGGAACAGGCCUUGCUGAAGGUCCUACAGUGCGCUGGCAUGACUCGGUCUGCAGCGUCUGAGUUUUUGAGAAAAAUGGAACAGGAUCGUAGGUACAUGAAAGACGUCUAUUGA